GUGGAAAAGCAGACAGAAGGUCCGCAGGAGUCCAGGAGUUACUACUCCUUACCUUUUUUUUUUCUUCCCUGACUUAAAGGCGAAACUUCCUGAGUCCGAUCAGGGUGACUUUUCUUUUUUUUUUUUUUUUUUUUUUCUCGAUCCAAAGCACCUCUGCGAGCGGCAGGUUGUUGUUUUUUUUUUUUUUAUUCCUCUUUGCGAGGCGUUUCUCUCCAGGUAAAAUCAGCAAAACGGAGCCGAACGAGGACGACGGACAGCGACCCUCCUUCACUUCUGCAAUCAUGAUGUCGAUGAACAGCAAGCAGCCUUUCAGCAUGCAUCCCAUCCUGCACGAGCCCAAAUACACGCCCCUGCACUCCAGCUCCGAGGCCAUCCGCAGAGCCUGCCUGCCCACGCCGUCGCUUCAGGGCAACAUCUUCGCCGGCUUCGAUGAGACGCUGCUGCAGAGAGCCGAGGCUCUCGCCGCCGUGGACAUCGUGGCCCAGAAGAGCCACCCUUUCAAGCCAGACGCCACCUACCACACCAUGACCACCAUGACCAGCAUGACCUGCACCCCGACCUCCUCCUCCGCGCACCUGCACCACCCGUCGGUGCUCACCUCACACCACCACCCGGCGCACCACCAGCCGGCGCAGGGACUAGAAGGAGACCUGCUCGACCAUCUCACCCCGGGGAUUUCUCUGGGAGGCAUGCCCGGCUCGGACGUCUGCUCCACGGCCUCGCACACGGCUCACGCCGCGGCCCACAUGUCGGCCAUCAACCACAUGCAGCACCACCACCACCACACUCAGUCCAUGAACAUGCAUCCGCACGCGCUGGGAUCCCACGGCUCCCUGGGGAGCGCUGGCGGGGACGCGGAGCCCGACCCUCGGGAGCUGGAGUCGUUCGCCGAGCGCUUCAAGCAGAGGCGGAUCAAACUGGGCGUCACUCAGGCUGACGUGGGAGCGGCGCUGGCCAACCUCAAGAUCCCCGGGGUCGGCUGCCUGAGCCAGAGCACCAUCUGCAGGUUCGAAUCCCUGACCCUCUCACACAACAACAUGGUGGCCCUGAAGCCCAUCCUGGAGGCCUGGCUGGAGGAGGCGGAGCGGGCGCAGAGGGAGAAGAUGUCCAAGCCAGAGAUCUUCAACGGCGGCGAUAAGAAGAGGAAACGCACGUCCAUCGCCGCGCCAGAGAAGCGCUCCCUGGAGGCGUAUUUCGCCGUUCAGCCGCGGCCGUCGUCGGAGAAGAUCGCCGCGAUCGCCGAGAAACUGGAUCUGAAAAAGAACGUGGUCCGCGUUUGGUUUUGCAAUCAGAGGCAAAAACAGAAACGGAUGAAGUUUUCUGCGACGCACUGAAGCAGACUGUGACAGACCCGAGGGUCUCUCAGCCGGUUUCCACAGAGACAAACCAGAGACAAGCUGCUGAGGCUGGUCUGCUGGAGCCGCACUGUCAGAAUCAACAAGGUACCAGAACGGUACCUGCGCCUCUUUCCCACGGGGAGAGGCUCUGCGUGGCGCACAGCCAGGGCCGCAAAGAUGCGCACUCAAAACAAGUCUCACAAUCUCAGAUUGAGAUUCGCACAUUCAAAUACAUAAUAUGUUGUUUUAAAAUGUAAGUUUAGAUCAGGUAAAUUUGCUUCUUUCCCAAGAAAGAUGCCAAAGAAAUACCGUUUCAGAUGGAUUGUCAGGGCGGCACUUGAAACAAGUCACAUGUGAUUUUUAUACAUUUUCAUUCUUAAAUAAAAAGGCAACUGAUGUUAGUUUUAAUUAUAGUUUCAGAUAAAUUAAACUGGCAUCUUUAAUGAAGAAAAAAAUCAAAAUUUUUGACUGAAUUUCAUAAUCGAUGCACUGACAAAACUUAAUUCCUUUAAAUUAAUUGGUUAAAAUGAACCAAUUAAACUUCUUCAUCUUUACAUUUUGUUGGAUUUAAUUUUAAAAUAAUUUCUGAGGAAAAUUAUUACAAGUUUACCUGCUAAGAGACACUUAAAUAAAAUAUUAAAUUCAUGCCCAUUUUUAAAAUGUGUCGAAAUAAAAUUGUUAAAUUCUGACUUAUUAAAGGCCUUCAGUUCAUCUAGGUUUUAAUCUUAUGCUAAAAACAAAAAGUAAUAUUUGGUUUGCAAUAAAGGCAUCUAAUGCCACUGAAAUCCUGAUAAACGACUUAUGUCUACACUUUAAAAAUGAAUUUUGGAGAGUAUUAGUUGAUGCCCAUUGAAUUUGAAUUUGAAUGAAUAUAUAAGUGUUUAAUAAUGGUUAAACCCUCACAUUAGGUACUUUCUUCUGAUGAAAUUUAUAAAAAAUAAAUUGCGUUACUGUUAUUCUCAUUAGUUAAGAAAAGGCAGGCUGAUAUAUUUAUAUGGGUCUUAGUGGGAAUUAAUAUGCGUGUUCAAAACUAUCAUAAGAUUUGAGGUUGAGAAAGUUUCAGAGUUUCACAUACAAUUUAAGUUUUAAGACUUAGCAACAGUGCUAGACCUAAUGUCAACUUGCUAGCUUGCUUACUAUCUUAACCAUGAAGAUAUCAUUGCUAAUGAAUGUCAUAUGUAAUCAUAUCAGAGGAAGACGCGUAAACCUUUCAAUGACAACCACCGCUAAGUUGAUCCAUUCCUUAGCAAUGGCUGCCUCUGGGCUAGCAUGUUCAGGAUGCUAGCAAGUUUGACUUUAGCAUUAGCAUUGUCACUAAACUGGUUGACUGAACUUACAACCUUUUCAGUUACUGAUGUUAUCCAGUCAUGUAUGUUGUUCUCUAACAAAUACAAACUGGUAAUAAUGAAUUAUGAAUCUCCAGUGAAGAUUUCAUUAAAUACAAAGGGUUUAAUGAAAAUGAAUUAUAUUGAGUACUUUGUUUCAGUGAUUAAAUCCCAAGAAUCAAUCAUGGCAUCAGUAAUUGCUAUGGUAGGCAAUGGAUUUUUGGCAGGUUGUCUUGCAACUAAGUUGUGACAGUAUAGGAUGUGUUGCAGGUGCAUGAACUGUAGGAAAAUCAAGGAAAAGUACAACAGGAUAUGCUCAGUGCCUUUCAUGAUGUCAUAAUAGAUUGUGUAAGAUGGUUUUUGGGAGGUCCGAUUUUAUCUCGAUUAAAUAAGAAUCUUCAACAAUAUAGCAAAACAAAUUUAUAAACUGAAAAAACUAUAUUUUAGGCUAUUUUAAAUACUUUUACAGAAAAGUUUGGCUUGCAGCUUUAAAUUUUAAUCUGACUGUUUAGUGGGGUUUUAUCUAUUUAUUUCCAUUUAAAAAAUCCAAAUGUUAGAAUUUAAUCAUAAUUUAACAUUUUGCAUUCAAACCAAUAACUAAACAGAAGUACUUCAGUUUAAUACCUUGCGAAAUUCAUUUUUACAGUGUAGGUUGAACAGCAGCGGUGUUGUGUGAGAGCCUCCCUAGUGAUAACCGCGGGUCGCAGGAUUGUGCUUUUUGGAGCAGAAAUCACGCAGUCUGGUGCGCCAUUCAGCUCAGAUGUGACUCGGGAACACCUGCGAACUUUUCACCGCUCAGCAUGUGUAAACAGGAACUUCUGUGUUCUGCGUCACACCGUGUACCUUGUUUGGUCCUGACAGUGGAACCGCAGACAGAAAAAAAAGACUCUCAAAGCUGUUUGCAUCUCCACAGAAUGAACUGCUGUUCUCUGACUGAAGAGAAAAGGCGACCAUUGUGGUUGAAAAAGUAAUUAUUGUACAAAAAUAAAAAUACUAACAGCGGGAAAUGAGGAAUAAUAGUUCGUAUUACCCUCUGUGGCCCGGAUAGUUCUUUUUUAUAUUUAUCAGUGUACAUAUUUGUGAAUAUAUGCACUUCCGUGUGUGGAAACUGUCAUUGAAAUGUAUUGAAUUUUCCUCCCAGAUGUUUUUGUUGGGUUGCUCAUCACUUUGGGGGACAAAUCAGACCAAACGAGUAGAAAAAGGUAAAAUAAGUCAGAAUCUGGUGCGCAGGAUGUGCAUUCAGCGUCAUGGGUUCCUGUGCAGAAGCGCAAGAGGGCUUGAUGUUUCUGCGCGUUUUGCUCCAAACUGACCGACACUGCCCCCCCCCCCCCCCCUCCCCCCCCCGAUGUUUCCUUCCUAAUUUCCAAAGUGAAUGCAUUGCAAUAAAACGCAAUCACACACAUUCACUCACGUAUAUAAACACGCACGGAUACACACAUUAACCCGGCGUAGCUGUGCGUCUACCUCAUUACGCAAGUGAUGGCACAUUUCUGGUGAUUUUGAACACUCUGGUUGGUUCUUGGACGUGCUUUCUGUUUGUUUUCUCUGCCACUGGCUGAAUUAGGCCUGUAGGAGACUCACUGACGUGUAAAACCUGUUCACCACAAUGAUGCUUCGACAAUCAGAUAAUUAUGAGUAGUGUUGUUGUUCUCCCCGCCCUCAUGAAAACGAAUCAUUUCGACUUCUUCUGAUCACUGACCCGUUUGUGGAGCGCACUUUGUAGAUAUUCUGACGAAGGGAGGUGUAGUCGGCCUUAUUUAUACAUAUUUUUCAACACUUCUGAGAAGACUUUAUUAUUACUUUUAUUAUUAUUUUUUUUAUGUUGAAUUGUUAUUUAUUUGAAUUUAAUUUAUUCUGGAAAAAAGAAAACAUUUCAUUUGUGAAAGUGUUCUUCAAAUGUGUCUCUGUAAAGCUGCAGAAGCUGAAAUAAACUGUGCACGUUUCUUCGUCGUUUUA